AUGGCGAUCAAAGCGAUAACAGUGCUCGUGAUGUUAAGCGUGUUGUGUUGUACUGGGUGGAGUUUUAAAUUUCGAUAUCAGCAACGGUAUGAAGUGCAGACACUGCCGCCAACGCAUGACAAUAAACCGAUAGACAACCAACUGGAGGAGGCGGAAGGGGAAGAACGUAUCCUAAACUUUGUCACCGUUCGUCCGGAAUACUUUGAGAUCAAUCGUGCUCGACCAAUUAUCGACUGGAUAACGGGAGUCAUCGGUACACCGGUGUUUGCCAACGAUGCCCCAGGAUUUUCGCAGAACUGUACCGCUUGCAAGUGUGGAACAGUGGCACCGACUGGCGAGCGGAUAGUCGGCGGUACUACGGUUGAGGAUAACAGUUUUUCCUGGAUGGCCGCACUCUACUACAACAAUCGAUUCAGCUGCGGUGGCUGCCUGAUCUCGGAUCGCUACGUUAUUACCGCAGCCCAUUGUACCGCCAAGCCGGACAAGGGACUGUUUCGCAUCCAGUUCGGCAUUCACGAUCGCACCCGUCCUACCGGGGCCUCGGUUGAGCGCAGCGUAAAGCGCAUACUGACCAAUUGGUACAAUGCGUUCAACAACAAUAACGAUAUAGCGUUGAUGGAGCUCACCUACCCGGUAGCGAUCAGUGAGCAGCUGGUUCCGAUCUGUCUUCCACAGGCGACGACUAUGUACGAAGGUGUCCGGGGCAUCAUUACCGGUUGGGGACGCACCACGACGGGCGGUGGUCUGUCGGGUACGCUGCAGCAGGCCGAGGUACCAAUUCUAACGAACCGCGAAUGCCGCCGAGCCGGCUACUGGGCCUUCCAGAUCACAAACAAAAUGAUUUGUGCCGGAUUCCUAGAGCAAGGGGGCAAGGACUCUUGUCAGGGUGACAGCGGUGGACCGUUGCAGGUGCUGAAUGAGAGUACGAAUCGUUACGAGUUGGUGGGAUUGGUGUCGUGGGGUCGUGCCUGUGCCCAAAAGAAUUUCCCCGGGGUCUAUACUCGCGUCAACCAAUACCUGUACUGGAUUAACCGCAACAUCAAGGACUCCUGCCAGUGCCAAUAG